AUGGAGUGUAUUGAGGCAAGAGCUCUGAAAUCGAGUUUCCUGGCUCAAAUGGCGGUGAAGACGAACCACCCUCAGAUGUUUCAAAACGACGACGUUUGGUGCCUGACGAAGAUCAACAGCGUCACCGCAGCGGAUGAUUUCCCGGUGGAGGACCUCCUUAACCUGGACCUCCCCGAAAAAGAUUUUCAAGAGGGGUUCUGUUUUUCCCAGGAAGAUCAUCAGUUUCCUCAAAAGGAAUUGUCCAAUAAUUCCUCUUCGAGCUUUACCGGCGCCGACGAGAUUGACAGCCUGUCCGAACUUGCCGUGCCGGUUGAUGAUUUGGAGAGCUUAGAGUGGCUAUCACAAUUCGUGGACGACUCCACGUCGGGCCUCUCCUUAUUAUGCCCGACCGGAAGUUUUCAAACCGGAGCGAAUUCCGGCAAACGGCCUGACCCGGCCAGCCGGACUGCCGGGAAAACCCGUGCCCCACGCUUCCCGGUACCAAUUCCCGGUAAGCCUCGGACCACGCGCUCGAGAAAACCGAGCAGCCGGCCGUGGACUCUCUCUCCGCCGCCGGCAAGCCCCGCCGGCUCCACAACUUUAUGCCCUGUCGAGCCCGUGAACCCUGUUUGGGCCCCCGAGCGGUUAUUGGGGCUUGAAAAACCCGCAGCCCGCAAGCGAAAGGCCGAGAACGAAGGCAGUUUGGGACGGAAGUGCACGCACUGCCAAGUGCAGAAGACUCCACAGUGGCGGAGUGGGCCGCUGGGCCCAAAAACGCUCUGCAACGCGUGCGGAGUUCGAUACAAGUCGGGCAGGUUGUUUCCCGAGUACCGGCCCGCUUUCAGCCCGACGUUUUCGAACGAGCUGCACUCGAACAGCCACCGGAAAGUGCUGGAGAUGCGCCGGAGGAAGGAGAUAUCUGUGGAUCAUAGCUCGCGAACCGAUGGGUUUUUGUAG